AUGAAGUCUAACGAAACAAGCCAAGGCCUAUCUGAAGAAACUUUACAAAGAAUUAAUAAACUGAUUAAAGAACGAGUCGAAACAUAUUUCGAAGAAUUAGAUCAAAAGCUGAAAAAUGGAGAAAAAAUAAACGCCGAUUUGAAAGAUAUUGAACCAAGGGAUGAGAUUAAAGAAUAUUUUAGGACCAUGACAGAAGGUCUAAAACAGAAAAUAGCGCAACCAGAAAUGGAAUACGAAGGUGAAUUGGUUGACCAACAUGUAACCGAUGGAGAGGAAUAUGACGAAACUUAUGAUGAAAACAUGGUGGAAGGUGAUGGCUUUUCAAAUGACUAA